AUGGCUCUCGCACUCGCUGUUUACUCCUUGUCAGGCCGCGCCGCUCAGGAUCUCGCAUCCAACACGACGGAAUGUCUUCCAUCGUGCGCAAGUCAGUACAGGAGCCUACCUGGGAUAGUCUUCAGCUGUCUCACGACCGUCUUCCUGUGCAUCUGGGUGGCCCUCCAUCUUAAUGUCCCAGAACCCGUAGACACUAGAGGCAUGGGCUACUUGGCUCGGUUCAAGAUCUGGAUAAGAUCUUUCUUCCGAUGCACUGUGGUUCCAGUUUUCGUCACACUGGCGUUCCCCGAAUGGGUUCUGGGCAUUGCAGUCCGUCAGUUCUUUGUGGCAUCUCGCGUGGCCAAGGAGAUUGAUGCCACUCGUCAACAAGGUUUCUUUAUCAUCAUGGGUGGCUUUCAUCUUUUCAAACGAAGUCAAGGUCUUUCGAACAACCAAGUUGAGAAUAGGAAGGAAAACAUAGAAGAGACUCAUCCAUUGGUCGAAACCUCUGCGGUAGAAGCCCGAGAAGGUCGAGGUAGCUGUGCGCCAAGCAACAGGAUGGCCAAUCCAUUUGAAGAGGAGGUUGGAGAACCAGUUCACCCUCUUGAUCAGUUUGACGUCUGCCGUCUUCUCAAGGAUGGUAAGCUUUACCUCCCUCCUCCCGCCGAGCUGCAGGACAAGUGCAAGAGCGAUGGACUUGCAAAGUUUCUGGUUGUAGUCCAAACGCUUUGGUUCAUCACCCAAUGCAUUGGAAGAAAAGUCAGCAAACUUCCGCUCACCGAGCUCGAAGUCGUUACGCUCGGCCAUACUCUACUCGCCGUGGCAAUGUACAUCGCAUGGUGGGAUAAGCCAUAUCGGGUGACAUUCCCUAUACGUGUGUAUGAAACACCCCCAGAACGUACAAAAGAGCAAAAGGAGCUGGAGAAGAUGGAAGAUAUCAACUUUUGGCGGAUUGCCAUUUGGUAU